GAACCUCCCGCCACGCUUUGCGGCAGAGGCGUCCUUUCCUCCUCGCUGAAGGAGAAGUGGCGGCUCAGCCAAGAUGGCGGCGUACCUGACCCAUCAGCAGAAAGUCCUGCGGCUGUACAAGCGGGCGCUGCGGCAUCUCGAGUCCUGGUGCAUCUUCAGGGACCGGUACCGAUUUUUUGCUUGCUUGCUGAGAGCACGCUUUGAUGAACACAAGAAUGAAAAAGAUAUGGUGAAAGCAACCAAGCUGUUGAUGGCGGGUGAAGAAGAAUUUUGGGAUAAACAGCAUCCACAGCCAUACAUCUUCCCUGAUUCUCCAGGAGGCACCUCUUAUGAGAGAUAUGACUGCUACAAGGUACCUGAAUGGGCCCUAGACAUGUGGCAUCCUUCUGAGAAGGCAAUGUAUCCCGAUUACUUUGCCAAAAGAGAGCAGUGGAAGAAAUUGCGACUGGAAAGCUGGGAAAAAGAGAUUCAGCAGCUUCAGGAGGAAACCCCUGCAGAUGGCCCCUUGACAGAAGCCCUGCCUCCAGCUCGCAAGGAGGGGCACCUGCCUCCUCUGUGGUGGCAUUAUGUAACCAGGCCUCGUGAGCGUCCCAUGUAAAUGGCUCCUUUCCAUAUGGAAAUUCUGGAUCUUCUACAAAAAAGGUUCUGGUCUACCAAUACUAUGUCCGUACCUGUUACUAUAGCAGAUAUUCACAAUAAAAGUCUCAUGAAUAUGA